AUGAGGUUAUCAAUUCGACAUAUUUACCGACCUGGCUUCUUAUGCGGUCAAAGUCAAGGGCUUUUUGGAUCUUCCUUCCUAACCAAUUUCCAUACUAGUUCUGCUAGUCGUCGAAGGAAGCUGAACAUAGAGCGUCAAGACAGACUUCAGAAAGAACGCCAAAUGAACUUGGGAGAUUUUGUAAUGGGUAAUCCGACCGAAUGGACUAAUCAAUUGAUUCGCUCAAAGCAAUUUUUUCAAAAUCAACUACAAAAGAAAACUACACCUCUCGUUCCCCUUAAAUUUCCUAUUUCCAUGACUGAAGUCGACAACAUUUUGCAAAAAUUUGAUGAGCUUAACGUGUCUACGUUAAAUGAAGCACGUGAAUUUCUGAAGGUGGAUGAUUUUGCGGCUCCAGGAUCUACUGACAACGUAUUUGAGUCUCUACGAGACUUGGAUGAAGCACCGGGUGCUGCUGAAUAUUUUCAACGUUUAGCACAAGAACUUAGUAAUAUGUCUCAGAUCAAUGAUUCUAGAAAAGAGAGCAUUCGAAGAAUCUUUAGCCUUUCAAACUCCAAUGCUAAAUUAGCUGAAGCAAAUAAUAAGCGCACUGCCAUUGAAUCCUUCGCAAGAACAGAUAAUGACACAGGAAGUCCUGAAGUUCAAGCAGCAGCCUUUACAACUAAAAUUUUAGCUCUAAAAGACCACUCCAGUCGAAACCAAAAGGACCAGACGGCUAAGCGGAAACUUCGAUUCUAUGCCCAUCAAAGACAAAGAAUACUUAAGUACCUACGAUUGAAAAACUUUGAACGUUACCUGACAUGCAUUGACAACCUUGGUCUUACGGAUGAUGCUGUUUUAAGGGAAAUUGUUAUGUAA